CUGUAUAUACUCGUGUCUUGUUGUACUUGUUCUUGGCGAGCAGCUGUAUAUGAAUUUAUAUGUGUGUUUCUGUCAACGACGUACUCGUCUCUGUUCGAUUACGAUGACAUGCGUGAUGUACAUGCAGUACGCAUGUAGUAUGUACUCAGAGGUACACUAGCAGCUAUAUAUACAUGUAGAUCUGUAGUGUAUACUUCUACUACUAGCCAGCUAUCUUAUCUAAAGCCAAGAACUCAAGACACGAUCGAUAUGAUGGCCAGCGUCACCGCAGCAGCAAGAGCAGCGGCGGCGGUGCUGCUCCUGGUUGUGGCGGCGCCGUCGGCGGACGCCCACUUGGCGAUGGGCGCGUACAACAAGACGUGCCCGCAGGCGGAGGACGUGGUGUUGAAGGAGAUGACGUCCAUGGUGGCCAAGUCGCCGGACGUGGCGGGCGCCGUGCUCCGGCUCUUCUCCGUGGACUGCUUCGUGGGCGGCUGCGAGGGCUCCAUCCUGCUCGACUCCACACCCGGCAACACCGCCGAGAAGGACGCGCCGCUGAACCAGGGAGUCCGCGGCUACGAGGUGGUGGACGCCAUCAAGGCCAAGCUCGACGCCGCUUGCCCCGCCGUCGUCUCCUGCGCCGACACGCUCGCCCUCGCCGCGCGUGACUCCGUCAGGCUGACGAAAGGCCCGUUCAUCCCGCUCCCGACUGGCCGGAGGGACGGCAACAGGUCGGUGGCCGCCGACGUGGCCCUGAACUCGCCGCCGCCGGGCGCCAACAUCACCGACAUCAUCGCCCUGUUUGCUACAAAGUUCAACCUCACCGCCAAGGACGUCGCUGUCCUCUCCGGCGCACACACAAUCGGGAAGGCGAGGUGCUCGACGGUGUCGCCGCGGCUUUACAACUUCGGCGGGCAGAACGGCGCGUCGGACCCCACGCUGGACGCCAACUACACGGCCACCCUCCGCGGGCAGUGCAAGCCCGGCGACAACGCCACCCUCGUCUACCUCGACCCUCCCACGCCGACGACCUUCGACACCGACUACUACGCCCUCGUCGCCGGCAACAAGGGCCUCCUUUCCACCGACGCCGCCCUCCUCCUCGACGCCACCACCAGCGCCUACGUCGCGCGCCAGGCCAACGCCACCGCCACCGCGGCCGCGGCGAGCGAGUUCUUCGCCGACUUCGCAACGUCCUUCGUCGCCAUGAGCAAGCUCGGCGUGCUCACGCACCACAACGGCGAGAUCAGGCAGGUCUGCUCCAAGGUCAACCCGCCGUCGCCGUCCAGCAGUACCAGCACCGCUGCUGCCCAGCUGACCGCUACCGGUGGGUUGGCAGUGGCACUACUCGCUCUCGCUGUGGCUCUCGUGCUCUAACUCUGACACGGACUCUGCAGUCUGCAUGACCCCUGCAUAUACGACAGCCAGCGCAUUGUGGUUGCUAGCUGCCUGUUUAUUAUGAUUUGUUUCAAUUGGUGAUCUAAUUACUUCUGAUUUGUGUUUGCCUUACUUGAUGUGUUGGUUUGCAAGAUUUCUCCUUUGUGAAUUGCAUUGGCCAACAAGUCCAGUUUGUAUUAUGAAUCCUCAAAUAAAAUGAACAGGCACCGCAUUGGCCAA